AUGAAGCAGACCACUCCGAUCAUCUCCGGUGGCAUGAACGCCCUGCGGUUGCCUGCGUUCUUCGAGAACCUGGGCCACUCGAACGUGAUCCUGACGGCCGGCGGUGGGGCGUUCGGCCACAAGGACGGGCCGAAGCAGGGCGCGAUCUCGUGCGCCCAGGGCGAGGAGUCGUGGAAGUUGUGGAAGGCAGGCACCUACGGCGACGUGAGCCUGUCGGACGGCGUCGUCGAGUACGCGAAGACGCACGAGGAGCUCAAGGGCGCGUUCUUGACCUUCCAGAAGGAUGCGGACCAGAUCUACCCGGGCUGGAAGGAGAAGCUCGGCUACACGGGCGAGUCCUCCGUGCAGGCGGCCAGCUUCAACUGGCAGAAGAAGGAUUUGGCCGCGGCGUUCGUUGGCGCCAGCACGACUCGCAAAGCCAGCUCCGUGGCCCGCCGUGCCCUGGACCAGUCCAGCCGGUACGCGGACCUCUCGCUGACGGAGGAGGACCUGAUCAAGAACGGCCAGCACGUGCUGGUGGCCUACAUCAUGAAGCCCAAGGCGGGUUACGACUACCUGGCCACGGCGGCGCACUUCGCGGCGGAGUCCUCCACCGGCACGAACGUGAACGUGUGCACCACCGACGACUUCACCAAGACUGUGGACGCGCUCGUUUACUACAUCGAUCCGGAGAACGAAGAAAUGAAGAUCGCCUACCCAACGGCCUUGUUCGACCGCAACAUUACCGACGGCCGCGCCAUGAUGUGCUCCGUUCUGACCCUGAGCAUCGGAAACAACCAGGGUAUGGGUGACGUCGACUACGGCAAGAUCUACGAUAUCUAUUUCCCGCCGCAGUACUUGCGCCUGUUCGACGGGCCGUCGUGCUGCGUGAUCGACAUGUGGCGCAUCCUGGGCCGCGGCACGGUCGGUGGUGGCCUGGUGGUCGGCACCAUUAUUAAGCCCAAGCUCGGCUUGCAGCCGAAGCCCUUCGGCCAGGCGUGCUAUGGCUUCUGGCAGGGCGGCGACUUCAUCAAGAACGACGAGCCGCAGGGCAACCAGACGUUCUGCCAAAUGAACGAAUGCAUCCCCGAAGUCGUGAAGGCCAUGCGCGCGGCCCAGGAGGAAACGGGCCAGGGCAAGCUGUUCUCCGCCAACAUUACGGCGGACGACCCGAACGAGAUGAUCGCGCGUGCCAAGUACAUCCUGAAUCAGAUGGGCCCGAUGGCGGAGAAUUGCGCCUUCUUGGUCGACGGAUACGUGGCUGGCGGCACUGCGGUGACCGUUGCGCGCCGCAACUUCCCGAAGCAGUUCCUGCACUACCACCGCGCCGGCCACGGCGCAGUGACCAGCCCUCAGACGCAGCGUGGGUACACCGCCUUCGUGCACACCAAGCUGUCGCGCGUCAUCGGUGCCAGCGGCAUCCACACGGGCACGAUGAGCUUCGGCAAGAUGGAGGGCGAUGCUUCGGACAAGAACAUCGGCUUCAUGCUGCAGGACGACGUCGCCGACGGCCCGUACUACCGCCAGGAGUGGGAGGGCAUGAAGCAGACCACCCCGAUCAUCUCGGGUGGCAUGAACGCCCUGCGGCUGCCUGCGUUCUUCGAGAACCUGGGCCACUCGAACGUGAUCCUGACGGCCGGCGGUGGGGCGUUCGGGCACAAGGACGGGCCGAAGCAGGGCGCGAUCUCGUGCGCCCAGGGCGAGGAGUCGUGGAAGUUGUGGAAGGCAGGCACCUACGGCGACGUGAGCCUGUCGGACGGCGUCGUCGAGUACGCGAAGACGCACGAGGAGCUCAAGGGCGCGUUCUUGACCUUCCAGAAGGAUGCGGACCAGAUCUACCCGGGCUGGAAGGAGAAGCUCGGCUACACGGGCGAGUCCUCCGUCCAGGCGGCCAGCUUCAACUGGCAGAAGAAGGAUUUGGCCGCGGCGUUCGUUGGCGCCAGCACGACUCGCAAAGCGAGCUCCGUGGCCCGCCGUGCCCUGGACCAGUCGAGCCGCUACGCGGACCUCUCGCUGACGGAGGAGGACCUGAUCAAGAACGGCCAGCACGUGCUGGUGGCCUACAUCAUGAAGCCCAAGGCGGGUUACGACUACCUGGCCACGGCGGCGCACUUCGCGGCGGAGUCCUCCACCGGCACGAACGUGAACGUGUGCACCACCGACGACUUCACCAAGACUGUGGACGCGCUCGUUUACUACAUCGAUCCGGAGAACGAAGAAAUGAAGAUCGCCUACCCAACGGCCUUGUUCGACCGCAACAUUACCGACGGCCGCGCCAUGAUGUGCUCCGUUCUGACCCUGAGCAUCGGAAACAACCAGGGUAUGGGUGACGUCGACUACGGCAAGAUCUACGAUAUCUAUUUCCCGCCGCAGUACUUGCGCCUGUUCGACGGACCGUCGUGCUGCGUGAUCGACAUGUGGCGCAUCCUGGGCCGCGGCACGGUCGGUGGUGGCCUGGUGGUCGGCACCAUUAUUAAGCCCAAGCUCGGCUUGCAGCCGAAGCCCUUCGGCCAGGCGUGCUAUGGCUUCUGGCAGGGCGGCGACUUCAUCAAGAACGACGAGCCGCAGGGCAACCAGACGUUCUGCCAAAUGAACGAGUGCAUCCCCGAAGUCGUGAAGGCCAUGCGCGCGGCCCAGGAGGAAACGGGCCAGGGCAAGCUGUUCUCCGCCAACAUUACGGCGGACGACCCGAAUGAGAUGAUCGCGCGCGCCAAGUACAUCCUGAAUCAGAUGGGCCCGAUGGCGGAGAAUUGCGCCUUCUUGGUCGACGGAUACGUGGCUGGCGGCACUGCGGUGACCGUUGCGCGCCGUAACUUCCCGAAGCAGUUCCUGCACUACCACCGCGCGGGCCACGGCGCAGUGACCAGCCCUCAGACUCAGCGUGGGUACACCGCCUUCGUGCACACCAAGCUGUCGCGCGUCAUCGGUGCCAGCGGCAUCCACACGGGCACGAUGAGCUUCGGCAAGAUGGAGGGCGAUGCUUCUGACAAGAACAUCGGCUUCAUGCUGCAGGACGACGUGGCCGACGGCCCGUACUACCGCCAGGAGUGGGAGGGCAUGAAGCAGACCACUCCGAUCAUCUCGGGUGGCAUGAACGCCCUGCGGUUGCCUGCGUUCUUCGAGAACCUGGGCCACUCGAACGUGAUCCUGACGGCCGGCGGUGGGGCGUUCGGCCACAAGGACGGGCCGAAGCAGGGCGCGAUCUCGUGCGCCCAGGGCGAGGAGUCGUGGAAGUUGUGGAAGGCAGGCACCUACGGCGACGUGAGCCUGUCGGACGGCGUCGUCGAGUACGCGAAGACGCACGAGGAGCUCAAGGGCGCGUUCUUGACCUUCCAGAAGGAUGCGGACCAGAUCUACCCGGGCUGGAAGGAGAAGCUCGGCUACACGGGCGAGUCCUCCGUCCAGGCGGCCAGCUUCAACUGGCAGAAGAAGGAUUUGGCCGCGGCGUUCGUUGGCGCCAGCACGACUCGCAAAGCCAGCUCCGUGGCCCGCCGUGCCCUGGACCAGUCGAGCCGCUACGCGGACCUCUCGCUGACGGAGGAGGACCUGAUCAAGAACGGCCAGCACGUGCUGGUGGCCUACAUCAUGAAGCCCAAGGCGGGUUACGACUACCUGGCCACGGCGGCGCACUUCGCGGCGGAGUCCUCCACCGGCACGAACGUGAACGUGUGCACCACCGACGACUUCACCAAGACUGUGGACGCGCUCGUUUACUACAUCGAUCCGGAGAACGAAGAAAUGAAGAUCGCCUACCCGACGGCCUUGUUCGACCGCAACAUCACCGACGGCCGCGCCAUGAUGUGCUCCGUUCUGACCCUGAGCAUCGGAAACAACCAGGGUAUGGGUGACGUCGACUACGGCAAGAUCUACGAUAUCUAUUUCCCGCCGCAGUACUUGCGCCUGUUCGACGGCCGUCGUGCUGCGUGA